UGCGCCGCCGCGUCCCCUCCCCUUCCUCCCCGCCGCCGCCGGGGCCUGCGGGCACCGGGGGCUGGCUGGGGGCCGGCAGUAGGAGGCCUGUCCCGCUUCUCCUCGGCGAGGGGCUCGGCGGCCGCGGGGGGCCCCGCCGUGAGGGCCGCCUGUCAGAGCGGGCGUGCAGACAAUGGGGGAGCGCUCCCAGGCGAACUGCCUGAGGCGGGGAGGAACCGUACCUGCGGGAGAGCGCACCGCCCGGUGCCAGCCCUGGGCUGAGCCGCGGGGAGAGCCCGUGCCGGGGCCUCGGGGGGCCCAGCCCUGCGGGGGCUUUGGUUGGCGUUUUCCCUGUCAGAUCGUGAUCUGACACAGAUAGGGGGCUGUUUGGAUUCGUGUAGAUUAACAGGAUGUUCAUUUUAAAGAUUACGUGAAGAUGAAAAGGGAUAUCUUAUGGUUUUACAGAAUAUAAAGCAAUACUCUGACAUGACGGCAAAAAAUCAUUUUUACAGGAUUUCAUAACCAGAUUUACUCAGGCCAAGAGUGUUAGCCCAAGAGUGUUCUAUUGCUGCUAGAAGGCCCAGGAAUGCUUCUGAGUGUGUAGAGCUGCAGGGUUUAGCAAUGUAUCUCUGGGUUUCUGCAGCCUGAAACAUGCUUUGAAUGUAAGGGUAAGAAGGCACCAAAACAGUAUUGAGAAAUGGGGAAAAAAACAGCAAAUACUCAUGGUGGGUGUGACUUCCACAAAUGGAGACUUGAAAGGAUUUAUAGAUCAGAACCAGAGUCCAACAAAAGGUAAUAUUUCAAUAAUUACAUUACCAGUUUCCAGCACGAACUCCCCAACAAAGAUUCUGCCAAAAACCUUAGGACCAAUUAAUGUGAAUGUUGGACCCCAAAUGCUCAUAAGCACAUCACAAAGACUGACCAAUUCAGGGAGUGUUCUGAUUGGGAGUCCAUAUAACCCAGCUCCAACGAUGGUCACGCAGACGCACAUAACAGAAGCUACUGGCUGGGUUCCAGGGGACAGAAAGAGAACGCGAGAAUUUAUAGAAUCAGAUUUUUCAGAAAGUAAAAGAAGCAAAAAAGGAGAUAAAAAUGGGAAAGGUCUGAGGCAUUUUUCAAUGAAAGUGUGUGAAAAAGUUCAACGUAAAGGAACAACUUCAUACAACGAAGUUGCUGAUGAGCUGGUGUCAGAAUUCACAAAUUCUAACAGCCAUGUAGCUACAGAUUCGCAGGCUUAUGAUCAGAAAAAUAUUAGACGGAGAGUUUACGAUGCCCUUAACGUGCUGAUGGCAAUGAACAUAAUUUCAAAGGAGAAAAAGGAAAUCAGAUGGAUCGGCCUUCCUACAAACUCAGCUCAGGAAUGUCAGAAUCUAGAGAUAGAAAAACAGAAGAGGAUUGAACGGAUAAAAGAGAAGCGAGCACAGCUACAAGAACUGCUGCUGCAGCAAAUAGCAUUCAAAAACUUGGUACAAAGAAAUCAGCAAAAUGAACAACAAAAUCAAGGCCCUCCAGCUUUGAACUCAACAAUACAGCUGCCUUUCUUAAUAGUCAACACUAGCAAAAGAACAGUCAUUGACUGCAGCAUAUCAAGUGAUAAAUUUGAAUACCUCUUUAAUUUUGAUAACACUUUCGAGAUUCAUGAUGACAGUGAGGUGCUGAAGAGAAUGGGAAUGUCCUUUGGACUUGAGGCAGGCAAAUGCUCAGCUGAAGACCUAAGAACUGCAAAGUCACUGGUGCCAAAAGCUUUAGAAGGCUACAUCACAGAUAUGUCUGCUGGAUUUUCAUGGAUGAACCAAGGAUUACUUUCAAAUUCAGCACAAGCAAUUUCACAUUUAGAUGUAGCAGGAGGCACUUCUGAUUCUAAAUCAAGUGAGAAUCCAGGGUUGUGUCUGGAUGCUGAAGUGGCCUUAGCAACCGGGCAGCUUCUUGCCCCGAGCAGUCAGCAGUCCAGCAGCGCAGCAUCACGCUACUCUGAAUCACGGGGAGAAACUCCAUGCUCAUUCAAUGAUGAGGAUGAAGAGGAUGAAGAUGACGACUCUUCCUCCCCAGAAUAAAGACAGUAGAAAAUGGAAUACACAAAAUGCUGCUCAUACGUAUCCUUAAUGGGAGCUCCUGUUUGGAUUUUACUUAAGUCUCUUGCCUUGGUUUGCACUGUGUUCAGUGAAGCAAAACAGAAGCUUCAAAACAAAUUCACCCAAAGCUGAAAUUGAAAACUUUUUUGUAGCUGAACAGAGCGACAUACAGACACAGAGCAAAGUGGGUUUUUUAAUCAACUAUAACCAAGGAAAAGAACAAAGUCCCUGGAGAUCUGGCAAAGAAAACGUCAUGAUCAUAUUUUUCAUUUUGGGACUUUCUGUCUCAAGUCUCUUUCCUCUCCAUCUGGUAAAGAUAAGGGAAAGAGGUAAAGAUAAGGGGAAGAGAACACAUGCCGAUUCUCACAUUGUCUUUUGGCUGUGCUACCUUUAAAGAAAAAAAGAGGGGGAAGAGAGAGAGCACGCACACGAACACACUAAAAUAGCUAUUUAAAACUCUUGUAUGAAAAUUAUUGUAGGGAGAAGGGGCUGUUAGAAUGUUUGCUUUUUUCUGUUCAACUUGCUGUAUAGAAGAUUCUUAAAGUAAUAUAAAUUGCAGGUGAUUAAAUGAAUCUUGAAAUAGUUAAAUCCAUUUUAGAUACUCUUCAAGUAACAUUAGUAUGUCUCUUUUCAAAGGUUCAUAUGUUCAUUUAUACUGCAGACCUAAUUUAUUAUAAAUAAGUGAUGAUUAUUAGCCAUUAUUAAGCAGUCAGGAUUAAAAUAGCAGUAUUCUCUGCACCAGCUUUUCUCAAGGAAAAAAAGUGGAAAAGUUUUAUUUCUAGAUUGCAGUGUAUCCCAUAUAGCUUCUCCUUUACUGUUCUAACUUUAUAAUCCAUCUGAUUUUAUAGCACAUGUAUUAACAAAGAGAAAAAAAAAAAAAAAAGAGGCCUCUAUGUUAAGGAUCUCAGGCAGUACUUUCAAAUUCAAGGUGAGUUGUUCACGUAACAAAAAGUUCAGAAUCUGAGGAAAAAAAUUAAAAUUUUGACAGCAUGUAAUUUAAUGUUUUGCAUUCUAGUCAGCUUGGAUUAUGACAGACUAAUUUGCUUUUAAUUAACUUCCACUGUGAGCACCUUGAUGCGCCUUUGAAAAACAUCAAUAUUGAACAACUACUUAAAGUACUUUGUGGCUAAAGUUACACAAAGUGAAUUCCAUUUGAACUGUUAAAUUAGAACAGGUGGCUCCAUGGUCUGUAUUUAACAUCACAUCCAAUCACAAAAACCUAUAAAAAAACCUUUGAAUGACAGCAAAACACGCUGUGGAUGUAGAGUUCUCAUGGUGUCCUAACAUCCAGUAUUUUAACUAGUCUUGAAGUGAACUACUUCUAUGAAGUAAAGCCAGAUAAAAAGUGUUACUUCUUUUUGUUUUUUAUACUGUAUGUAAGUAGUUGACCCUUAUAUUAGCUGUCAGAGCUCAAUGACACUGGCUCUGCUAUCUAGUCAGAGAUCAGGCAGCUCAGAAAACCACAUUUGCUUGAGCGAGAUCAGCAAAGCGUACCCCUCAGCUGCUCUGACCAUUGCUCCAGCCCAGCGUGGGGUACGUCCACCUGAUCUCUUACAGACACAUCAGCAUUCAAGCCAACAUGAUCCAAAAGCACUAAGGUAGGAAGAGAAACUGAGGCGUCAGCUAAAGAGCUGCCUGGCUGUCCUGCAGCUGUUAGCACAUGACACACAGGACAGGCAAAACCGUGUGGAGUGCACAAGUAAAUGCGCAGGUCUGUAUUAAAAAUUAAGGCAUCCACAUAGACGCUUGUCAGAUAAUUCAAACUCCUGCAUCUCUUGUAGAGUUAGGGCAUCACCAUUUUUAAGGCAUAGCUCUUCUUCAAGCAAGUAGAGCGAUCUAGCUUACACAAAGUUUUGCAGAUGCAAAAAAAAAAAAAAAAAAAAAAGAAAAUCUCAAAGGCCUACCAUGUUAUUCCCCAUCUAGGCAGGACUGUUAGGCUGUGCUAUGCACACGGUACACAGGCAGCAGCAGACUGAGGGAUUUACACCACCUCACUUCAACCAAAUCUGUAGCACUACCUCUAGAUGAAGAAAAGCUUUACUAAUGCAAAAUAAUAUUCUGAGAGAGUCAAUGUACUUGACAAACUUGUGAAAUAAGAGGAGGGAGAGAAGGUAACAGAAACUCCAGGCAUAUAAUUAGGGAAUUACUAGUUUCAUUAAUGGCAUUUCAUUUAAAAAGAUUACUGCUUUUAUUCUUUAAAAUACUUUUUUUUUUUUUUUUUUUGGAAAGUUGUCCUGUCAGCUUUCAUUGGAGAGGGCAGAUCAAAGAUACCUAAUAUACACAGGACAUCCUAAUGCACACUAAAGAGGGGAGCAUUUUCCAAAGUAAUUAUUAUUCACCCCCUAUUACAUUAUGGGCAAAAGUAACCCUACACUUCCUUCACAUUUCCCACUUAAUUUCUUCAGAAAACAAAAACACACCAUCAACACACUAAACAAUUGCUUAAGAGAAGCUUUGAACUAUGAGAUGUAGGCAAAAAAAGGCUUCUUGCCCAGAAACAGAAUGCAUUUUAUCAGUAGUCAUUGUGCUUUCUGCUUUGCAGGAGGAAGAUCUUCAGUAAUACCUUCCUCCUGUUGAUGUCUCUGUCUUUCAGAGCAGCAGACUGCACAGCUACUUGCUUUCUGGCAAACAAAGCUAUCAACUUUUUUUUCUUUUAAUCUAGGAGCACAUUUAUUUAGACAGUUGAACCAAGAUUUUAGAGGUUAUUUUUCUGAACUAGUUGAAUACAAAGGACUAAACAAGUUAGAACACACAUAAUAGACUUCAAAAGGAAAUUCUUUCCUUAGGAUUCUUUGUGCCAAGCUACAGUUGAGGAUGAAGUUCAACUGCAGCACUGUGGUCUUGUGGUUGCACAAAGGUCUGGGAACUGGGAGAGUUCUGGGCCUUUUCCAGCUUUAGUCACUCGUGUAUGACCUCAGGCAAGCCUUUCCGUCAUUCUUGUUGAACUUCAUUGACGUAUUUCAAAAAACAAAAAAAGCAACAAACAGGUAAAUGCAGGACCUCACUCAAUACAGAUGUUCAUCUGAACUGAGCUCUGAGCAAUUAAUGAGCAACAAGGAGAUUAAGAAUAUUAACCAACCGCACUGCUCCUGCUAAGCUCAUGGCAGUAGUCGUGCUUAGCUGCUUCAACAUGCAAGUUUCCUCUGAAAGGCAGCAGUAGGUAUUUUCCAGAAUAACGUGGUCAUUAGCAAGAUGGGUUUUCCUGUGUUGUAUUGAGUUACCGUCAUCCUCUACUGGCUUGCACCAUAUAUUCAUUGGUAGGAAACAUGCUGCAACUGGCACAGGAUGGCAACUCACAUAAGGCAGAGUUAGCAUUUGCGUUUUCAUAUACAUUCUAUAUAAGUGACAUUGUCUGCCUCCUGGAAUGCUAGUUCUUGGUUAUACAUUCAGAAGGCAAGCAGUAUAAUGCUGUUUGUAAAUGCUAUUCUAUAUCCUAAGUAAACAGCUUUAUUUCUGGACUUAUUUUAUGGUGCUUGACAAAUCUAAAUUUGACUUAAACUUGCUAGCGUCACAAACUAGGUGAAAAAAGUUGAGCGGGAGACAGCAUUUUUCAUUACAUGAAAAACUGAUAAAAUGUUUGUGGAUUUAGGUUUUUAAAUUUAUAUUGAACUGUGCCAUUGUCUUCUCAAUUCAGCACUGGAAUUAAUGGCAACAAUCCACCUACAUGGAUUGGGAUCACACCUGGUCUAAUGCCUAUAAGUAAAGGCUAAAGCAAAUAACUUCAGUUCAACUGAAGGCAUGGUUUUAACUAACUUAAUUUAACUAGCGCACACCACAAUUUAGAUAUUUCCAUUUUGGUUAAGGCUAUAGUUAAUGUCUGCUUUUUAAACUACAGUUUCCAAAUACUCCUAAUCCUUUUCAACAGCUGGAAAGUGCUGGGCAUACACCACUCCAACAGAAGGAUUUGUGCCGAACAACCAAGUCAGCCUCAAGUAGCAUGAUGUAAACAGGCCUAAUAACCAAAUUUUAAUCAUAUUUUAAAAACAAAUGGACAAAACAAACAGCUCAUGUUUAUUCAUAAAAUGAUGCUUGAAUUUAGAAUUCAACAGCUAAGGUUUUAAGUGUUCUGUGCUCUUUCUUCUGCCCACACCCACCAUUUUAAAUCUAGAGCAUGGAUGAAACUUUUUUUUUCAAAAUGACAUUUGAAUCUAAGCACUGGGCAAUGCUCAUUUUUAUAAUUACCUGUGUCUUGUUAGCUGAGCAUUAUAUCCAAGCACUUUAUAGAGAAGACUUUAAUUUUAAUAAGCUAAUGAUACUUGGGGUUUGGAUUUGAUUAAAAACAAAGCUAGUAACCACAGGCUAUACUAUUUAGUAAACAAACCAGUAGUCAUCUUCUGACUGACCACCUCAUUUGUAUUUCCAUUCACCUAAUUUUCACUGCAAGAGCAUCUCAGUUUCAGAACAUACGUAUUUUAAACAACCAGGUACAAUGAAGCUGGGAAGAGACUGUAUGAGCUUCUCAUAUUUUUGAUUUUAAAACUUCUAGCAAUAGUCAUACUCUGGGGCAACACCAUUCAGCUUCCUAGGAGCUUGGCUCACGUUGAAGACAGGAGUGCCGUGGCUCCGUCGCUUGAGGCCAGGCACGUUGUGCAGCUGAACACCACGACCCACGGCACUGGGAAGCCACUGGGAAGCCGUGCCUCUUGCAGCUCUGCUGAUCAACUGCAAAGAGGCUGAGACCAGCUGGUCUGUGUAUUGGUUUUUAAAAUACACCACUCAAUGCAUUUUGACCUAUGCCAACAAAACACUUGUAAUUGCUGGUUAGCACACACCUACCCUUCCAAGCAUGUCAGCAGCUCUGAAUACUUCGUUUUCUGCUAGCAGUUGUUCCCUUAAAGUCUGACGCCCUGCAACUUCUUGAAACUGUCAUGCCUUAGACUUACCUGAAUUCUCAAAUCAGAUUGCCUUUCCUAUUUAUCUCUCAGAUUUUAGUUUGGCAAGUGUUUUUAAGAGGCUGUGUACAACCGUGCUCUGGACCCAGGUAUAUUGCCAAAAAGAUCCCCACAACCAACCAUAGGAACCUGUUGUUCAUUCCCUCUGCUCUGAUACCACCCUUUCAAGUCUCUGUAGAGCUGCUCCUACAAGUAUUUCCUGGCUUGUUCAAUCAGAUGCAAAAUGCACGGAUACCUAACCCAGCUGGCAUUGGCAGUUCGGUGAGGGGAUGAUCCCCAAAACAGCCUAAUAACAACAGCAGCAAAUUAAAGGGACUGGUUAUUGCAGCUGGUUAGAGAAUGUGUGUUCAUUCUGCAUCUUUAAUACUUCUCCCUUGUCUGGCCUACUCCAAAGGUCAGCCAAAACAAUAAUAUUUUUUUCCUACUUUUACCUGUUUGAUAGCACCCAGCAGUUCAGGACAGCUACCCAAGCUGCAGACCAAAAAUCCCUGCUCAGAUUUGGGCAGAAGAAGUGUCUGAGAUCUAACCAUCCAAAUCCCAGGGAAAAGUCUCCCACAUAGGAACAAUAUGGUGCAAAUGAGCAACUUAAUUUUUUUCUUUCUCCAGUAGGAAAAGCAGGCUGAUGUGGGCCAGAUAAAUAGCUGUAAGAGAGGCAGGAGAGUUCAGAGCAGAUACAGGAGUCUCCCAGGAGCACAGGUUUGUACGUCUCCUUAGCACUCUGCAUUGGCUAUAGGAAGUGGCACCCACUGCAUCUUUGGACUUUAAAUGCCAUUUUUAAAUGCUUAACCCUUUGCAGGCUUAUAUAAUCACCACUGGAUAGCAGGACACAGCUAUGUACAACUUCAAGCCAGCUGUAGAUUUAAAUUAAACUCAUCUAUGCAACAUUAAGGAAAAUUUUACAAGACAAACCGAGUCCUUCCCGGUGACCUGCUUUUAGCCCAUUAUCCUUAUCCAGGCUGAGUGAAACAGAGCAAUCCCUGGUGCUCAGCUUCUUGUGCCUUGCAGGUAGCACCAGUGGCACGCUGACAGGACAAGGCAGUCAGAGAGGAAGGGAACCACCACCCACCCACAGCCCUUAACCCUGGAACUUCAACUGGAGUGUUGCCAUGGAGCUAUAUUGCCUUUUUUUAUUUAUUAUUAAAUUUGGUCGCUACAUCAGUCCUUCUGCAGAACUUAGGUUUGACUAAUUUACUUUUAAGAUCACAUGUAAUUGUUCUGUAGGGCCACAAAAUUAGGGCAUUAUCCAGAAAAGGUAAGGUCCACAAAAUCAACCUUUAGGUUUUGGUGGGGUUGUUAGGUUUCUAACAUAACUUUAACAAUUAAUAGCUUUGGCUGCUGUAAUGCAGGGAUUAAGCGGGACUCUCAAAGUUUCCCUAGUAAAACACCAGCUGGACCAAAAAUCCAUCAUGCAAGUUUCUCAUGCUCCCCCGUCUCUAAAGCCAGGUUGUACACAUGAAAAAUACUUCAGAUUGCGAAGUUUUGGUAGAGAAACAUAUGCAAAUAUGGUGCCACUGUAUCUCACAAACACCUACUGUGAAAUAAUUCACCCUAUGUGAGCCAACCUGGGAGAACUCGGGUAGGAGUUUGCCCUGGUUCUCCGGGCGCAGGCAGCGGCAGGGCACGGCGCGCAGGCAGCCCCUCUGCUGGCACCGUGCGGACCCGCUGCCUGCAGGGAGCCACUGCCGCAUGCGAUGGGAAAGGGUCCUUGUUCUGUACAACAAUUUGCUGUAGAUUUUUGAAUUCUCCAUGGUUUUCUUUCUUUCCAAAUACCUUUAAAUUAUAAAUGAAACUUGUAUUUUUGCAGAAAGACUGCUAUUAAGCUAUCCUGAUUUUUUUUCCUGAUCAAAUAGCGUUACUUUCCACUACCACGUUGUGUGUGGCGAGGAGCAGUGAAAGAAAAAAAAGUGGUAGUAGUACACAUGCUAUAGACACUGACAAAGACCUAAAGAAAAAUGCAUAUACAAAGUUUUACUUUCCUAAUAGGAACCCUGGCAUUAGCAAAUAGUAUAUUUGAACCAAUAGGAAAUAUUACUUUGUAGUAGCAAACACUUUGUAAAUAAAAACUUACUAUUUUUUUAAUGGAAAUUUUACAGAAGAAGCUAUUUCUGUAUACUCAACUGAUCCCAUGUUUACUGAAAAUGCUGCAAGUGGGAAUUGUACAUUGCAAAGUAGGGGUAGGGAGCAAUGUCUGCCUGAAGUGAAAAGUAUAUACAGGCUGGAGAGAAACAUCAUUCGGCUGUUUGUGAACAGGAAAGUAAAGCUGAACUGUAUAGGAACUGAAUAAAAGAAUUUCAAGGCAA